AUGUCUUUGGCUCAGAAGCCCAUUCGCCUGCCACCGCUGAAGGCUUUGCGUGUGCGGGAUCCCAACGCCAAGCCAGCGCGAGCUUGCAUGUCCAUCAUGACCACUGUUCUCUCAUGCUGGGCUUCUGCAGGCUAUAGCACAGCCGGAUGCGCCCAGGUCGAGCAAGCCCUGCGAGCAUGCAUGGACGGACCACGUCCUGCCCCGCCGCGCAAGAGCGAAGUCAACUACCAUCUCUCUCGAUUUAAGGACAGACUCACAUACACGGCGAGGAAGAAGAGGUGA